AUGCCCGAUCAGGCCACCUUCCCGACAAAGUGGCAGGUCAGCUUGCCUCCCACCCCCGAGCUGAAGAAGUUCAAGACCCGACCGGACUAUCUCUAUGCCGCAAAUAUAUUAGCCGCGGACAUCGUCAUGGACUCGGUCAUGGCUGGCGUUCUGAAGAGAAAGGCGGCAGCGUUAGAGGCCGCGGCGGCCAGGGAGAUGGAAACGUUGGGUAUCCAGCCGAACACGGCCAUUUCUGACUUGGAGAAGAAGAAUGUGGAGGCUAGAGGCUUGGAGCUGAAGAUCAAGGAGUUGAUGGAACAGCUCGACCAAGAGAAAGUGAGCCGCUCGCCCGACGCCGUCAGGCAUAAGGAUGAGCUGACCACUUUGCAAGAAUCUCUUGCUGCAGCUCAACUGGCCUUCAAAGAGUACCAAGAGGCCGAGCCGAAUCGGGUUGCAGCUCUAAGACAAGGCUACAUCCGCUCGCCCGAUUUCUCGGAAAAAAUCUGCGAGCGGAUGAAAAGGGUGGGCUUGACCAGCUUCCAGUGCCGCUGCGGCGAUCUCUUCUGCAAACUUCACCGGUACUCCGAUUCCCAUGACUGCUCAUUCGAUUACAAGGCGGCUGGAAGAGAACAAAUCGCCAAGGCCAAUCCUCUCAUAAGAGCUGCGAAGAUCAUUAAAAUAUGA